CAAACACUGCCUUUUCAGUUCUUCCCAUCGGUUCAGAGGUCACUGAUUGACGCUGAUAGUCACUAUUUAGUAACAGAAAUACUCAAACGCAAGCAAAAACCCACUGCUCUACUUUUUCCCAGCCAGCAAUCAAGAAUUAUCUUCAAAAUUUUCAAAUUCACAAUAUUCUUCAAUCCCGGAUAACUCUCUGUUUCUUGAAUUCUACGGUCCUCUCAGUGCAGAUGGCCCCCAGAUAUGGUAAAAAGGUGAAGCUGGAGGAAGGAGAGACAAGCGACAAGGCCGAGGCGUUAUCGCGAAGAAUCGACAAGUUGUCGCGUCUUUAUGAGCUCUCCAAGUUCGCUCAACCGGACUGUGUUCGCCGAAGUGUUCGUUCCGAGUACACUGCAAUUCAAGACUUCAUAAACGAGAGAAGUUACGACAUUGGGAACGCCGAGUCUGACAGGUUCAAGAAAAUCUUGGGUGACGUUGAAGGCUUGUUUCAGAAUGUUACAUGGCCAAGAGAACAAGUUGCAGAUGCAGAAACAAUGCUUGAACUUACCAACACAUUGGUGGCUUCUGUUCAAUCACAUCUUAAGGGAUCUGUUUCACCAUCACAGUUUGUUUCCUGCUUUCUUAAAGGCUAUGGAAGACGACGAGCAGGGAAGCUCUGUAAGAAUGCCCGACAAAUGCUACCCUGGAAAGAAAUUGGCUGUGUUGUUUCACCUGUAUUCAUGGAUGGCUCUGGUUGCAAAACCAUGUUUGGACCGAUGGAUAAUAAGGUGAAGCUUGAACAAGUGGAUUGUAAGAUCAAGCCUGAACCAUUGAAUUAUAUGAACAAGCUUAGAGGAAUCAGAAAAGAAAUUAAGGAAAGGACAAGAUGGGCUCCAUAUGCUCGCCCAACGAAGGUUGUGGAUAGCACCCCUGAGUGGAAAUCCAACACUGACAAGAAUGUUUCAGCAAUGUUUGACACCAUAGAAAAGAAUAAAAGCAUAAAGCUUGAAAUUCUUAUCCUGAACAGAACCUCCUAUGCCCAGACCAUCGAAAAUAUAUUUGCGCUUUCUUUCUUAGUAAAAGACGGCAGAGUUGCUAUAAGCGUGGCUGAAAAUGGCUCUCAUUUUGUCUCUCCAAAGGGUGCUGAUGGUGCAUGUACUGUGCUUCCUAACAAUAUGGCAUACAAAAAUUUUAUCUUCAGAUUUGAUUACAAUGAUUGGAAGGUGAUGUUAGAUUUGGUGCCGGGGGUGAAGAGCUGAUGCCCCACAGGCCUAUUCUGCAGUUUGGGUUAUCAUGAAUUGUUACAUGUAAUCACCAAAUACCGUGAUUACAAGUUAAAGCUCUGGCUGUAUCCCUGCAAGAUCCUACUGUGUAUUUGUAUAUUUUGUAAAGCAAAUAUAUGCUACUGAAGCUGCAACUGAAAGUGCAUCCCGUUGUGAAGGAGCUGUUCUUUUUUGUAAGUAAGCUUAUUAGCAGAAUGCUGUUUACUGAUUUUGCAUUUUUUGGCUUACUAGCUAGGGCUGUUGGAAUGGGUAGUUCUCUUUUGAAGGUGCAAAAAAUGUGUUCUUGUAUAUGGACUCGAUAUCUGACAACUGGAUUUGUGUUCUUGAAUUUGCGGAAAUGCAAUUUUUGGCCCUUGGUUCUGUUGUACUUUUA